UCGGAUACAACUCAUUUAUGAAAGAAAUCAUCACUUCUUCUGAUAACCGAUGUUGGACUCACUUGUUGAGAAAAACACAAUCAAAGGAUCCGAUGAACCUUUGUUCACGGGUCAUUAUCAAUCAAUGCGGAGAAUAAAAUAAACAAACAUGCUGUGUAUAUAUAAAUAACACAAUUAGGUGACACAGAAUACUGCAGUGUAAUAUUCUAAAAAUGUGAAGAUUGAAACAAUAUGGAUACAUAAAAUAUAUAAAAUAUGUGUGAUAAAAGACAAAGUGUAAAUUCUAUUUUAAACGGUGGAAAUAAAGUUUCAUUUAAAUCGUUAUUAACGUUUUGUCGACUAAAUGUGAUUUUAAGCGCCGUAUGCCUUCUCCCGCUUUGCGCCGCACAGUGCCCAACGAGCGACCGGGUGCAAGUGACGACACAAGAGUGCUUCCGGGAGUACAGCAUCCAGAAGGUAUAUGUGGACAGAAGCGAGCGGCGAUUAUACUCUGGCGUCGAUAUAGAAAUACUCAGAGCAUACUGCAGUUCGUACUUGGAGGCGUACAAUUGUGUUCGUCAGCUUCUCCAGUCUUGUCCGACCUCUUAUCAUAAGGACAUCAAGACCGCACUUACACCCUACGCAGACGAGCCUGAGUUGACGGAGCUGUGUAGAACACAUCGCCUUUAUGAACUGUACGCCCAGUAUAUGAUGUGUUUCUCGGAUCGAGGCAAGAAGUCGGACUGGUGCUUUGAUAAGGAGAUCAACAGCUCGGUGAUGCACGUACACCAAGUGGAAGUACAGGAACUGUGCAAUCGAAUGGUGUCCGUGACACGAUGUAUCGAAAGCAACAUCCGGCUCGGCUGCGGUGAGCAGGCGGCGGAGCUCGUGCACCUCCUUGUCAAGCCCACGGUUCCCGGAAGUGGUCAGUGCGUGUACCCGCUAAAUCCGGAGACGACAUCUACCGUCAGGCGCACCCAAGUUCAACAACCAACCAAUAAACCUUCCGGUUCUGUAUCGUCGUCAAAGAAAUCAAACAGUUCUGAAGCCUUCCAUCCGAACCCAGUUUUGACGAUAUUGACUUGUGUACGUCAGCUACUCCAGUCCUGUAUGACCUCCUAUCAGCACGACAUCAAGGCCGCACUUGCAUCCUCUGCAGACGACCCUGAGUUGACCGAGCUGUGCACAACUGAUCGCAUUUAUGAAUAUAGGUAA